AUGGAACACGACUCCUUCCUGGCGGCUCAUAACAAAGAGUACCUGGCCCACGCUCAAGCCCAGGCACAAGCACAACAAGCAGCAUCCCACUCUCAGCCCUAUAACUCAUCGCACGACCCAUACUCUAACAACCCCAUUGACCCAGCCCACAAUCUCAACAACCCUUAUCAAUAUCAAUCGCCUACGUUGUCUGCAGCCCAUCCAGGAGGACCUGGAUCAGACGUCGGAUACAGCUCUCCUCACCUCCAGUACAACCAACCCGCCAGCUACCAGUCCUACCAGAACAGCCCGCAUAUGGAACCUAUGGAAUAUCGACAGGAUCCUUACCGUUCUGCUUAUGCGCAACAACAGCAUCAACUCCAGCAACAGCAGCACCCGGGGUCCUUUUCACCCUAUCAAGGAUCUAUGGCUGUACCGCCGUUUGAGGACAUGAGCCAGGGGACGCACCACUCUCGACUCUCGUUGACUAGUAGCAGUGUCAGUGGAGCCAGUCAACGGUACCCUAUGCAUGUCCUGCAGGGCCAUGGAUCGACUCAGGCAUUGACUGCGUUCUCUCAACAGCAGAACCGGCAUCACGCAGGAAGCGUAGGGCCUGGAUCGUCGGCCAGCGAGUAUGGAGGUCAAAGUGAGGCAGAUGUUGCGGAGCGAACUCGAAAGCAGCGAUCGGCGGCAGCCAGCUCCAAGGGGGAUUCUGGUAUCGGCCAGCGAGCAAAGGGUGAUGAGGACGAACAGGACGAGAACACAGAGAUCCUGGCCCGGAGUUCUCAAUCAGGAGACAGGACCGGGGCCGCUGCCAUCUCUCGCAGCAGCAGCCAGAAAAAAGCCGACAAAAAGUCCAAGAAGACGCACCAAAAGGGGCUCUCGGAGGAAUCAGACGAAGAACCCCAAGAACGAGGCGAGGACCGAUACCGGGACAGGAAACGAUGCUUCUGCUGUUCACGCCGACUCUGUGUCUACAUGACCUUUCUGUCGCUCAUCUGCCUGGCUGUAGCCCUGUACUUUUUGAUCCCUCGUGCGCCCGGGUUCAGUUUCUUGUCUGUCUCGUCGAUGGGGGAGCCUGUGAUUACAAAGUAUGAGUUCCAAGAGAACUUUGGGCUGCAGUUGCGGGUUGAUAGUUCAGAUAACUACUUGCCACUCAAGAUCAACUCUAUCGAGAUGACAGUGUGGCUCAUGGUCGACCAUAAUAAAAUCGGCCAAAACGAUGGCCUCCCGUCCUCAUACACAAUCAAACCCAAAACCAUCCAGACCAUCUCUAUCCCCAUGGUCUUUGACUACACCUCCCUCAUGGUGGACACCAACGCCGACGGGACCUACCAAAAUCUCAUCAAAGCCUGUGGCUCCUCCGUCAACCCGAGCGAUAUCAGUCUGACCUUUGGAGGAAAGAUCAACCUCUGGGGAUUGAGCUGGAUCUGGAAGCCGCAGUUUGGACUCAAUGUGGGGAAUAUCUACUGUCCUGCCAACGCCAAGGAUCCUUCGACUACCCCACCUGUUGUUGUUCAACCGCCACCUGCUAGUACAUCUGGGCCUGCUCCAACCGGUAAUUCGACUGCCUCUGGAACCCCUAGCGUUGGUGGAGGUGCUGCUUCUACUGGCGUUAGUGGAACUCCUGCUACGGCAACUGGUGUCACUACACCUGUUCCUACUGGCAGCGGUGCCUAA